AAUAUAUCAUCGGUGAUUAUUGCAUCUUUAAAUGUUGAGUUGUUGUUGUUGUUUUUUGUAGUGUUAAACAUGGGACAUUACCUGAUGGAAAACCUUGUACAAUAAUAAUAACAAAAGACCAUUCAAAGGUAUUGAAUGAGUAAAUAAUUAAUUUUGUGAAAUUAUACAGUAAAUUAGAAAGGUCAAACUAUUUGGAAUCAGCUGCUUAAACCAACAGCAGUUUUGGUUGUCGCAAUUUAUUUCUAUUAACCGUGUCCAAAACUCAUAUGAAUAAAUACUUGGUUUGCUUAAACAUGAUUGUAAUUGUAGUAUGAGCACAGCCUAGUGCCAUUAGCCAGGAGACUUGUGCAAGGCACAUGGGAGAUAUGGCAUGUUUGUUUGCUCCAUAUAUUUAGUCAUUACUCACAGGUGCUGUGAGGAAUUGUCCCACUUCUAAUACCAUUGUUCUAAGGACUUGCGAACUGCUACAAGCGAAGACAAAGAGAAGACAAGUCCAACAAGCUUACAGCAAACAUGUCAUGUGUCCUGCGUGCCUUGCGCAUGCAUCCUGGCUCAGAACCAGGCCACACUCAUACUACAGUUACAGUAUGUCUGACAGUUAAUUUAAUCACAGACUAAUUUCUUGACACACAGAAUGCAAUGUUCUUGAUUGUUGCUAAUAGUGAAAUCUGUAAGCUCAAACUAGCCAUCAGGUACAACCAUACACUAUGAACAUGUAUCAACCAAGUUCUGAGAUGGUUGAAGAAGCUGGUAACCAAAACAGGCAAAAUACCAGUAGAGGCUACUUCCUAUUCAACUAGAAAUUUUUUUUUCAAUUUUAUGUUAAUUUAUUAAGCUGUGUGUAAUUAUUUGAUAUAACUCUGAUAAGAAGUUUUUCAGUUUUAUACAUGUGGUAAAAAUUCUCACAGUUAUCAGAUUUGGUUCCUUUUCCUUUUAUGUUCUACCAUCAGCUGGAUGCUGUUCACAGGGACCUGUCUUCAAAAGGUAUCCAGAUAAGAUAAUGUUUAAGUAGAGCAGUUAAAAAACAGGGCUUUAUGUUAUGAAUGAAACAUUUCUUGUGUACAAAGUGAGCAAAUUUGGAGACAGAGGCUAAUUAAAGCUCUUUUGUACAUCCAAAUGUUUAUUCUAAGAUGCAAAGCUUAAAUAAUAUUGUCACCUGAAUUAAUGAAAGUGAAACACAGGAAGAUUUAAGUUGAAAGUUAUAACAACAAUUUUAAAGUGUAGAAGAAACUUUUAUAUUUUUAAGGUGAAGUUAAAAUGUAUAUUUAAGAAAACGGCAAUAACAUAAUAUUAUAUUGAUCUAUCACUGUCAGAACACAAGACUAGUGACACCUAAUGAAAGAGAAGGUUGAGAUAAAAUCAUUAUUCAUUAGAGUGAAGAGCUGAUCUAGAAUUUAUAAGAUUUUUCUCGUUUACAGUGGAGAGAGCAUAUAAUACUAAUAUUUUGAUUUUUGGAUUCUUAGGCCUAAUACAGAUUCCUCAUUAAUUAUUAUGGACAGAUUGCGUUUUCCUUGGGGAAAGAAAGCCCUUAUACAUUUUCUCCAAAUUCAACCUGCUUAAUACAUGUAAUACGGACACCUUAUUAAUAUAUUAGCAGUUUUCAUGAGAUUGAAGAGCUGAUCUAGAAUAUAUUCUAUAUAAGAUUUUAGAGUUUGACAGUGGAGAAGGCCACAUAAUACUAAUACUUUGAGUUUGAGUGUUCUCAUGCAGAAAACUAGCUACAAGUAGUUUUCAUUUACAGUGUGCUAAGGCCAUGUGGGUGACUCAGAUUUAAUUGCUGAUAUGGACAUACUCAUUCUAUGUUAUAAUGUUGUCCUAAUUAUAGAACAAUUAAUCUGGUCUUUAUUCACAUUUGUUUUCAGAUAAAUCAGCAUCAAAGAAAAGAAAACGGGAAAGGUAAGGUUAAAAUCCCUGUUCACUGACACUGGAGUUCUCUGUAUAUUGCACACUUUCAGCACUUCAUUGAGACAAGAAGCAUACAUGUACAUGUAGUUGUUUAAUUAAAAUAUUAAAGACAUUCAUUUAUUUUUAUGUUCAAUUAAAGUCAAGGGAUAUGUUAAGUCAGGGUUUGAGCCAGGCCGCGCCAUUGCGCCAAUCCCGCACUGCAAUUGGAAUUGUCCCUUUAAGAAACGGCCAAGGGAAAAAAAAACACGAAAGAAAGCACAAACGAAGAGUUUUAUUUCAGUACAGAAAUUGCAAGCUGAAACAGAACGUGAAAAGUAUAUUUUACCGCACGUUUAAAGUUCCUUCUAGGGUCACGUUUUAGUCACGCUCUGAUGCUAUUUUUGUCGGAAAUCUGACAGGGCUUCUGAUAUUUCGCGUGGUCGCGGAGCCGCGAAAUUCACAAAAACACGAAAAAUACCGCGAAAUUCAGUAGAAAUCUUAGGGAACGCGUCCAAAUAUCGGCAUCGGGUCACACCGAUGCCGAUCAAUUGGGCACCGAUUUUUUCCGAUUCUGUUGAAUGUCGGACCCGAUUUUAUCGGCACCGAAUGAAACGGAAUCGGCAACGGGUCUCAAGUCUUUAUCGGGCCAAUUAACAAAGGUCAUCAAAAAUAUCUGGCAGCUCAAAUAACCCGUCACAAAAGCAAAAGCAAAAGCGUGAAUGUUGUUUUUUAUAACCUUAUCUUUCUUAUAAAUGUGUCUUGUUUGAACCGAAAUUUAACGUCACAGUUUCGAACAUUAUUUUGUUUGUAUUUCCUAUGACAGAGUAUGACCAGAAAAUAUUAAAUUUGUGUAUCAAAAAGGGCACGAGAAGAAACAGCAGGUAUCUUUUGAGUGAAAGACGGCGCAUUAAAUGUACAUUGCAAGUGUACGACGUGAUAAUUUUAAAAAAUGAUAAUUUUAAAAUAGCUUGAGCCUGUGCUAACCGGAACCCAAAACGCAUGGUUAUGGGAAUCUUUGGAGGAAUAAACAGUUUAGGACUGUAAACGAAAAAAAUAGACGUCAGAACAUCCACGACCAAAAUGCAAAUGUUGUUACCAUGCCCGGUUACCAUGUCGUGUACUUUAACUGCUAAAUUGCCACAGGAGAGAAGAGGACAUCGUCUGAGAAUCAAGCUGCAAGUUGUUUAUUGGUUGCAUAUGAACUCAAAAAAGUGACUGAUGGAGGCGUUCAACUGGUUUUCUCUUUCUCGAUUGUCUUUCUACUAUUGAGUCGAACUUACCGGAUGUAUGCCAGUUUGCUUUAGUUGAACACUCCGGUAAAAUAGGUUCUGAUUUUUGUCAAACAGUCAGCCACCUAGAGUCAAGUGCAGAUUUUUCUAAGUGCUGAGAGUGGAAAGCAAUUUCACGUGGCACCAUGCUCAAGCUCAAAGAACAUACAGCAAAGUCGCUAAGCCAUUCUCUCUUUGGUAGCUCCUGUAUGAAACUUCGUUCCGUGUCUUCCGUGACUCGCGAGUGUGGGAAUCUUUCAGUUCUUGUUGCUAAUUCCCUGGAGACAAUCUGAGGCCACAAUCUAAUUGGUCGGUAUUUUUUGCCUCAGAUCGCAUUACACCUUGCGUUUUAUAGGAUCGUUGAAUGAAAGACGCAAAUUUUCGUAAAAGUUUAUCCCGUGGUUUUAUAUUAUCCAUGGUUUUGCUCUCGCUCCGCUCGCUAGGAAACCCGUUGAGGUCUACUUGUAACAAGUCUAUGAAUCCAUCUGUGUUUCGAGAAAGUGAGUUCCGGUUGUGUUUUUGGAUUGCAUUGUUAGAAAGUAUCGAGUAAAAAACACACUACUCAGUAAGGUGUUUUGUUUGCUAUAUAUCAACGAAGAACAGUGGUGUUUUGCGUCGUAAUAUUUAACUCUUUUUAAUUUUCAUAGAAUAAAUGUUAUGGAGCAGCGUGGUGUUUGCGAUCGACUGAAGGAAAUACCUCUGCAAAACGCCGAAAAUCACGUGUAUAGGCACGCAUCAAAUCAACAAACUCGAAACACAACAUGCAGGAACGAGUUUGACUAAUAGUCGCGGGUCGCGGGUCGCGGGUCCAAUGUCGCGGUCGCGGGUCCAAAGUCGCGGUCGCGGGUCCAAAGUCGCGGUCGCGGGUCCAAUGUCGCGGUCGCGGGUCCAAUGUCGCGGCAGGGGAAAAUGAUUUGGGGUUCGAGGUAACAGCUGAGUGAAAACGACUGAUAUGAACACAAUAUAAAGGGAAAAAAUCUUUUUUAUGCACAAUACUCUACGGUAGCCAAUUUACAGGUUACGCAUGUUAGAGUCAACAAAAUAAUGUCUCAAGAAAAGACCUAAAAGAAAAAGCUGGCCGACUUUUGUGUUCAGCGCAAGUUUAUUUUGUUUUCUUUCUGUCGGGCCCAGUUAUGUGUAAAUUCAGCUUUGAAUAUACUUAUGUAAAACAGUAUCUGAUAAAAAAAGUUACCAUAAGUUACCGUUGCUUUCUUCUUGUCGAUGAAUUGCUCACAAAUGCUUAGGGGUUCAAUUACGGAAAAAUAUGCGAUACACUUCAUAGCCUACAGAUUAUAAACGUUACAACAACUUAAAGCCUUUUUUUAAAAAAGCGAACUCGGGCUCAAAAAGCUACGAGUCUGUCGGUAGAAGAAACGAGAACUCUUAUAUUUAACAAAUGUUUUCGGCAAAACUGAAAGAAAAUGUAAAUGGGCGCAUGAAACUUCAUUCAAGCGGUAUUUAAGGCAUGAAUUUAAUAUGGAAACAAGUAAUAAUCCACAGAAAGGAGUCUGUUCCUCGAAGCAAGAUUUUCGCUUAAUGCUUUUAUUUUUACAACUUAGACGGCAACCCAGAGUGUUCAAUAUAACUUCUUGUUCUCUUCACCUAAAUGGCAACCAGGACAACCUGACAAUAGGAAGCCUUUCAAUGUGCGUCUCAGUCAAAUCUUGAAAACAUGCAUCGUAAAUAACUAAGUGAGUAAGUAGGUAAGGAAAUAAUAACGCCCGAUAUCAUGAAGCUGAAAAAGAAAGUAAACCGGACACUGAAAACGGUAAGUUAUCAACUCCACCAGAGCUAAGAAAAGACAAUAAAUUAGGUAAGUAAUUCCAGAUUCCAGGUACUGGAUUCAAGUCUUUGUCAGUAGAACCAAGAGACUAUGAUCUAUUCUCUCUUGGUAGAACUUGGAUUCCGGAUUGCAAUCGUUAUUGGGAACAAACUCCUUUCUGUGGACAAGAGAGGAUAAAACUCGAGCUUUAUCCCCUCUUGCUGUGGAUUAUUACUUGUUUUUUAUUAAAGUUAUGCCUUGAAUACCCGCUUGAAUGUACUUUACUGGCACUUCAAGCCCAACGUCUCUCCUCCUCUUUCCAGUUACUUGUGCAAAGAGUUUAUUUUGGGAGUUUGCGACUGUUACGCGGGUAAUCUUUUAGAAGACGGGUAGCUUGCAAACUAAACUGAACGCAGGGUUGUCGGAACAGCAACAAGAAGAUUUAUUCCAAAGAUAAACGUAGUUUCCACUGAGUAAAACUCCACAACAGCACGUACCUCGUUAAACUUACACGGCCUCCGCCAACUUGAAUAAACACUGCCUUCGUCACACUUGACUAAACACGACCAACGUCAAACUCUCUUCGCUUGUGAAAACUAGUUAAAACUUAACUCGGGCUCGCCUACCUUACAUACGUUUACAAUAAGAUUCUAGAACUUUCCAAAUAGUCUAAUUAUAGAAAGAUUACAAAAUAUACCGCUUUUAGAAACGCUUACACAAGAUCCUAAAAUAAACAAAUUAUGAACUCUCUCGAAGCUUCUAGAAAGUCACACUAGUCACGCAAUACAAUUUUUCGUAACAGCGACCAGGAAGUUUUUCAACAAGCGUUUUCUUUAUUUUUGCCGAAAACAUUUGUUAAAAUUGAAACAGUUCUCGUUUCUUCUACCGACAGACUCGUAGCUUUUUGAGCCCGAGAUAGCCUUUUUUAAAAAAGGUUUUAAGUUGUUUUAACGUUUAUAAUUUAUAGUCUAUGAAGUGUAUCGCACAUUUUUCAGUGAAUGCACCCUUAAGAAUUUGUAAGCAAUUCAUAGACAAGAAGAAAACAAUGGUUACUCAUGGUAACAUUUUUUAUCAGAUACUGUUAUACAUAAGUAUAUUCAAAGCUGAAUUUACACUUAACUGGGCCCGGCAGAAAGAAAACAAAAUAAACUUGCGGUGAACACAAAAGUCGGCCAGCUUUUUCUUUUAGGUCUUUUCUUGAGACAUUAUAUUGUUGACUCUAACAUCCGUAACCUGUAAAUUGGCUAUCGUAGAGUAUCGUGCAUAAAAAAGGUUUUUUCCCUUCAUAUUGUUUUCAUAUCAGUCGUUUUCAAAUCAUUUUCCCCUGCCGCGACAUUGGACCCACGACCGCGACUUUGGACCCGCGACCGCGACAUUGGACCCGCGACCGCGACUUUGGACCCGCGACCGCGACAUUGGACCCGCGACCGCGACAUUGGACCCGCGACCGCGACAUUGGACCCGCGACCCGCGACCCGCGACUAUUAGUCAAACUCUGCAGGAACAUACAAUAUUGUUAUUUGUUAUGGAGUAGGAAAAAGGUACAGUCGAUUGAAAUUACUUUGGAGUGAAACGACUCUUUCAUUAUUUGGUUUCGUGACACGCUUCAUUUUACAUAUCAGAUAAAAUAAUAUGACGAUGACACAUACGAACAUCGGAAUGUCAACCGGCUCCGAUUGAAUCGGCAAAGUUUUUAUCGUAAUCGGAAACGGCAACUGGUGCCUAUAGAUCGGUACCGAUUCCCAUCAAUCGGAAAAUUAAUCGGGUCCGUUUCCCAUGAUCGGGUUCCCUACCGAUAUUUGGACGCGUUCCCUUAUCAAAUACACGUCUGUACAACAUAUUUGAAAGUUAUUUCAGCCAUAGGGGCUAUUUACUUGCCGUAAACUUGCAAAUUUAUCUUGGAACUUCGUCACUGAAACAUGCAAACAGAUUAUGUUGCGAAAAACUGGGCAUUAGCCAUGAUGUUCAAGACUUUGCCAUUGGUUCAUUUCUGGAGUGUAUUGUUGUUGAAAGAGCAAAUGAUGACCUCUUUUAGAAAAAUGUUAAAAAGGCUGGUCUGAUCAGCGCAAAACUGCUUGAUUUCUAGCGAAAUUUGCCUUGAAAGUAACCACAAAAUCGGCCGUUUUUUACCGAAUUCUUUUCAGAGAAGUUUGCCCUGAAAACUACCGCGAAAUUCCUGAAUCGGCCGAUUUUUCCGCGAAUUUGUCCCUAAAAAUCCCAUGAAAUUUGGCUUUUUCUUCCGAGACCUGUCAGAAGCCCUGCUAAGAAGACAAACCCGUUUGCAUCAGCAGAAGGGUGUACAAAUUUCUGUCCCCCUAAAAAUUAAAAUGUCCCGCAAAAUUUUAGCCAAGGGGACAAAUUGUCCCCUAGUGAUCAAAUCCUAGCUCAAACCCUGUUAAGUAUUUUUCACUUUGAAGCUAACAUGGCUUGAAUCUUAGUUUUGUGGUUACAAAAUGAAGAUGGAUUCUUAGGUCUAAGUUGUCAUAAUGAGGUAAUUAACAUGCACAUGUAUGCCCAAUUUAGCAAAUUGAUGCCGGUUUUUUAUUGUCUGUCCUCUUAUUGAUGAUAAAAUGAUGUCAUGAAUAACAUUGUCAAAGUGUUGUGGGUCCACGAGCCGCCGGCAAGUGGAUCCACAACAAACUUUGUUUUUACAAAUAACAAAAACUCGAAAAAGUCAAACAUUGCCGAUAAAAAUGAAGAAAACACAAGAAAUUUAUGACUUCUUAAAACUAGUGCAGUGGUAUCAGGGCUGUGCUCUAGCGGAGCCUGGUGGCCCCUGGCGCCUAACUUUUGCCCUUGGGCGACUAGAAAAUCUCAGAUUUUUCAUACAAAUCAUAUGCUGGGCACCCUAGAUUUUACAGUUUCAGAGCACUGGGCUCCCUUCAAUUUUCCUUAGAGCACAGCCUUGGGUAUUGUCAAUACUAUACCUGCCAACUCUCACGCCUGCCGGUUGAAAACUUCGAUCUCACGCCGGCUCACGCCUGCGGGCCAAUUUCUCACGCCUGAUUGAAAAAUGUGAGUUGUUGCCGUCCUGCUGGACACAGUUUCCAAAAAUAUGUUAACUCAGACCCAUGUAAGGAACGAAAACCAUGUGUAAAAUGAAUAAAUGGCAAUACCUUCCUCGCGAUCUCUGAUUUUUGAAGUGAAAAGCACUGGGAGCGAGCUCGCCUUUGGCAGACUUCGGCAGACUUCGGACGUCUUUGGAAGACUUCGGACUUCUUCGGGAAUCUUCGGAAAUGAUCGUGUCGUCGUCAAAAAUCCCAGCACUCCCAGGAUAAAAAUCUCGCGCUUAUAUCUCAGAAAAAGUUGGCAGGUAUACAAUACUUUUCUCACUCGGUGAUUGGCCACUGAUGACAAGUAACAGAGUUUCAUUGGCUAAAAAUCGGACAGAUUGAGUCACGCCACUGCCCUGCAUAAAUUAGGAAUUAAAUUGUUUUGCAAACUUCAAACAAGAAUGAGAUCAGCGAUGUUUAUUGUCUUGAAAACGGCGGCAUUUUAGGGUUGUAUAAAGUCGUAAACUACCCAAGGUUAAAUAUCAUUCCAAGCAAUAUUUGUUAUUAUCUUUAUUUUCAUAUUUAGUGAUGCUGCCAACACAGUUUCAUCACCAACCCCUGCAGUAACAAAAUCCAAACCUGAAUCAGUAGAUGAUAUUGAUGUAUGUUCUUUUUUAUUCUUUACAUACAACAAGUAGGAUGGUGAUCAAUGUUGACAACAGUUAUUGUUACAUAGCUGGAAAUUGUUUUCCAGCAGUGCAUGAUCUCAUUGGUCACUUCAAGGUCACAAGACAUCUAACAAUAAAACCGUUUCCUGUCAAAACAUCUGAGUGGGUAAAAUUGCAAAAUGCUAUGCAGUGAGGUUUAAUGAAUUUCCAGCUAUAUAACAAUUCACCUGAAGACUGGUCCCUGGGGAAACAGUUAAUUUUGUUUCCCUCAAAUCUCAAUGUUUUCCUCGGCAGACAAAAUUUAAAACUGUUUCCCUCAGGUUCAGUCAUGAAGUGUCUAUGAUUGUGUGGAAAUAUAUAAAACUGUGGAAUGAGCUUCAAUGCUCAACAGUUCUCUGUGACUGAUGUUGGUCGCUACAUUUGUUUAGACAAUAGUACUUUGUGUAAUUUUAUGUUGCAUGUGUGUUGGAUAUAUUUUGUGCAUGACUUAUUUGACUUGUUUUGUGGCCAUAAUGCCAUAUUAUAAAUUGCAUGCCUUUAAUUGUGAAUUUCAGAGUCUUUUAUCCAUGCCAACAAUAAAGGAGAUGGAAGUAAGUAACAUUAAUUAAUUAAAUCUGAGGUGAAGCCAGGAAAUAGUAUGUGUAUAGUGUUUUGGCUGGAGAAUGUGAUCAGAUAUCAGUUGGUCAAUUCUAUGUAUUUUAUGAAAGGUUGUUAUUCAUGCAGGGAUGUCGUUAUGAUUAUAAGUUGCCAGGUAAAUUCAGCUAGCUAGCAGGCAGGGAAUCAGCCAGUGAAUUUCUAUUUCUAGCAAAUUUCUAUUUUCUAUUUCCCUAUGAAAGUAAAUCAGGGUCAUGCCAUCCAGGGGGAAAUUUUCAGCCCCAAGUUUUAAUUCAUGGGGGGCUGUUAUGUGAGUCAAUUUUGUAAGAGGUAGUUAUAUAUUUGCAAUUCUCAUCAUUCACAUUUUUUAAUCCAUUUUAUCCAGAAUAAAAAAGUUGGAGAUGAAAUUUUGGAUUUGCUCAAUGUUCCGUCACACAAGGUGAGGAUUGAAGAUUUAGAAAAAAGCUGUCCUAAAAGUGUCCUGUGGGGAAGGUCAGGCAACCCUGUUGGAUUUUGACAUACUUAUUGGCAACUCAGUCAAACACCCCACCCUCUGGCAGUCUCAACAAUCAGCCAUUUGGAUAUUUUACAUGUCAAAAUUAAAUUUCAGUCAACCUUGUUUGACUCUCAAAUCCCUCCCUCAGCUUUUCUUGCCGCCUGACCCCUCCUCCUGGGCUGGGGUGGGGUAGGGGUGGGGCUGUACAUUGAGAAGUGCGUAAGUUAUCCGAUACUUUUUGCAUUAUGGGGUUCAUGAAUCUUCAGUCACAAAGGAAGGUUCAGAAAAUAACACAGAAAAACUUUGGAAUGGUUGCAAAAUUCUUAUAAUACCUUCAGUAAUGAUAAUAGAAGUAUGGUGUAUUUGUUAGUUUGCCUAAUUUUAUUUUUUAAAUUCAAAUCAUUUUAUUGCUCGUGUCUGUAUUAAAUUUCAAAACAACUGAAUAGUUUGUUCAAGUUGCUCAAACUUCAUCAGCAAUAUAAAAUGAGUUUACUCCAAAGCAGAUUCUUCUUCCAUGCUGCUAUAAUUAUUAGCACUAUAUCAUUGAUGUCAUUUUAAUUGCAUUGAAAAACAUUUUUAGGAACAAUCUACAGUAGAAAAGUUCAAAUCACAAGGGGGAGCAUUUGUUCAUGAGUUCUGUGAUCAUGGUACAAGAGGAGACUGUAGAAGGAACAACCCACAGGGUCAACCUUGUAGAAAGGUAAACUUAAAAUGAUAAAGAACAUUACAUUUUGCUAAUACAGUCUAUUGUCGCCUUGUGGACACCCCGCUAUAACGGGACACCCCGAUAAUACGGACAGCAGCUAAAUCCCAGGCAAAAACAGAUUACAGUUGUUUGACUGGAAUAAACUCUCGCGAGCUAUUACGAACUCUUGCUAAUGAGGAUACUAACUCAAGGUCCCUACUGUGGCUACAGUGUCUGCUAUAAAGGGGGUUGAGAGUAUUUGCAACCAGUUAUGUUUUUACAUUGAAAAAAAAAAGAGUUUUUUACUUAAAUAUUAUUCUUCAGUACUGUUGUUCAUAGACUGCCAGCCAGGAAUACAUAAAUUUGUGUUACAGCCUAAUACAGUAAACUCUCGCCUCAUGGACACCUCGCUAGUAGGGACGCCCUGCUGAUAGGGACAGCUGCUAAAUCCCCGUCGAAACUUAGACUUUCCACUGAAACAAACUCUUGCUAUUACAGACUCUCACUAUUAUUGAUGCCUGUCUCAGUCCCAACAGUGCAAUUUUAUUUUCUAACUCUUGUUAUAAUGGAGAUUGAUCAGCAUCUUUUAACAUUUAAGCAGAAUUAUCUCAAAUUAUUAUUAAUUUUUUUAUUUCCUCCUCGUUUUCUCUUCAUGAACCUUUGUCACUUUGGUUUGAUCAGUGCUUCUUUUUCUGCAUGUUAUUAUUGGAGAGUCCUUCUUCUUAACGACAAUGUUGCAGUUUCACUGCUAUGAAUGAGGUGGUCAAGUCUUUCCAAAUACUUCUUUGUGUCUUUAAUUUUGUAAGUAACUGGAAUAUCUAGUCCUAAGCCAGCUCCUCUGUUGACCCUUUUCCCACAAACUUCUGAAUUUUCCGAUUCCCGUUUACAUGCAACACUUUCUUUCAAAGAAAAUCCCAUACUUACUUGCAAAAAACAGUCAUGAUGUACAUAGGGUGGAUUUUCUGGUACCAUAUUUUAUGGUUUUUUGGUACUGCAAAUUGUUGAGAUACUGUUGUGGUGAACAAAAGGGAUAGUUCACUGUUCUGUUACGAUUUGUAUUGUAUGUAAAUAAAGUUCUGACGAUGCUCCCCAAUUGGGACGUAAGUCCUGUUUCAUCCCCUGUCACUGUGUUGAGUCACCGUGGCGAAUUCAUUAAAUAAUAAUAAAGAAUGAUAUGCGAAAACUGCAGUACAAUAAAACUUAUUAUCAUUUGAUGCAAAUUUUUCUUUCUUUUCAUUGGCUGAAAGCCCACCACGUGACCUGCAAAUAACUGCCUAGAAAUAAUGGUCUGCUCAUGUGUAAUGUCGUCCAACUGUGUUUGGCUGCAAGUAAUAUUCUGCUCAUGCGUAAACGAAACCGCGCGUGAUACAUUCUUGCAUGAAAAAAGGCAGCUUCGUUUCCCGAAGAUAUUCAUUAAAAAACAAACUUGGUGAUCGAAUGAUAAAACAGUUAUUGAACUCGGUUAUCACAAAAUAUCGUGAUUUGCCAGUGUCUCGCACAUCAAUUAUUUGCCUCAGCCUUUAGCUUGGGCAAUUGAUCUGCUCGCCGCUGACAAUUCACGAUAUUUUGCUCAACCUCGUCCAAUAAUUGGUAAUUGUUUCUGGAGCCAAUUUACAAUAUAAAUAAGUGUAAUUCCUCUAAUAUCAAGACACGUUUUCUCACACCCCACAAUUAUGACUCUUGCCAUUGUGGACACUAAACCGCAGUCCGAGGGUGUCUGCAAUAAAGGGAGUUGACUGUAUACAUCUACUCAUGCCACUGUAAAAACACUAAUGUUAUCUGAAACGGUAUUCUUGUUUAUUAUGCAAUAAUGGUUUCAUUACUGUGACCACUUGUUUGUCUUUCCUCUCUGCCUAAAAUAUCUUAGCCUGUUAUCUGCAUACAUAAUGUACAUGUAUUCAUUAAUGUAGUUGAAAUCAGUUACAUUUGUAAAUGUAUUACCAGUAGAUACGUGCCUUCAGCAUAGAUGUUUAAUAGUGAUUUAUACUCACUUUUGCCCAACUCUUUAUGUUUAUCUGAAAGGACCGUUGAAUUUACCCCCAGAAAUAUAAAUGGCUGUGGAUUUCACACAUCUGUUAUACUUAAUUGUAUUCGUAAAGACACUCUGAAAAACAUAAUUCAUUCAAGCACCUGUUAUUUUUCUAAAGGUCCAUUUCCGAAAAAUUAUACAGAAACAUACAGAUGGUAAGUUUUCUUUCGAUGUCAAUAUUUGUUUUCUCUUAACAACAUCAAUAUUCUAUCAAGAGAAAAGGUUGCUAGAAUUAAUAAAUUGUCAACAAAGGAAAAAACUUUGAUCCUUUAUCCGGGGGAAUUAUCUCAACGUAUUCUUUAAGGAAUGUCUAAGAUCAGUCUGGUGAGUUUGUAUGUGGAUAUUGAGCUCAUUAAUUUAAUUUUUUUGUACCAUGAGAAAAAGGAAUAUAUAUAUUAUUGUCUGCAAACAAGUUUGGAACAGUAAAUUCAUUAUUUCCAUAGAAUCUCUUGGAGAUUGUUCAUUUCUAAACACGUGUUUUCACAUGGACACUUGCAAGGUGAGUUGGCCCUCACUGAAAAUUAACUUAAAUAUCCUGAAAUAAUGAGCUAACAUUUUGAGAUUUCUUAUACCGUCUUUUGGAAAAGCUACAACCAUGCUGGUUUAAUUUAUUCAUUCUGAAACUGUCAGAUAUAUGCAAAAUAUACGAUUAUGCCAAGGGGAUAGCUGAAGUCAGUUAAAAUACUCUUCGCACUACAAAAGCUCACUAUGGCCCAAAUUAUAACAGCAAACCAACAAAGUACAGCAACAAAAUAUCACGGUUUCCUACAACCUGUUUGUGUUAGUCUCAAAAAGAAAUCAAAGACUUGUUGACUUCCUUGUUGUAGACUUCUUUUAUUUUUUGUCGCAUUUUAAUUUACUAUGCUGGAUUUAUAUUUUUAUAUAUUUACUUAUUUAUGUGUUUUUUAGUAUGUUCACUAUGAAGUUGAUUAUAGUGAUGUCGAGAUGAACAAAGAGGAAAAAGGAAAAGAAAAGAAAAAAGAAGAGAAGGUAAAUAAAAUGCGCCAAUAUUAUCAUUUAUUUAUUUUUACUUUUUCUGAUUGAUUUGAGUUUCCCUUUUGAUUCUUCAUAAUAUAUUUUAAAGCUCUUGCUUGUCAAAUUUUAGAGAUUUACGUCAUUCGUCCAAUAAUUUUUCAAUUGUUUUGUAACAGCUAAAUUUGUGGUAUAACGUCACCAGUUUUUGCAAACUUCGAAGGAGCUUGCGAUUCCUACCUACGUUGCGUCGUCGUGAUUUGUAUGAAUCUGGCUUCCAUUUAGAAAAACCCAAAAUCACUUCAGAGCUUGCGAAACGAGUAGCGCGAAACAACAAGUUAGGCUGUUAUGCUCACAAUUUGCUUAUAUGGAUUCACGUUUGAAAGCAAUAUAACCACAGUAACAUGCAGUAAGCUAGGGAGUAAUUGUCUCCAAAUACAAGUGUGAAUCCAAGGGUAAUUGCUUCUAGAGCUGAUUGUAAUGAUAUUGACAUUGUUGUGUGUCUACGUUUUUUCUCUUCAGUCGUCUCUCGCUAAGACGGUAGAAGAGGACAAUAAAGUGAUACUUUAUCCACCUCAGGUAUGUAGAAAGAUCUAAAUUAUCGAUUGUAAUGUCGCAACUCGGUCACUGACUCUAAUUCGUUGUCAGAGUUGUGCAGCAGAUACCUAAAUCAUGCCUCGAGGUAAUUUUACGAGAUCAACAGUAUAAAAAUUGGUGAAGCACAUGGUCGUUCUCUUUUCUUGAUUUUCUGCAUCUUUUCUAAGAAAUCUUUACAGCACGUACCGUAUUUAAUCGAUUAAACGCCGCAGAUAGAAGCGAAAUUACAAUAAACGCCGCCUCGAAUGCGUUGUUUAUUCGAGGAUUACAGAAAAACCUCAGUACAACUUGGUAAUCUACACCAUUAACAGAUAAUUACCAUUCUAUUUCAGCAAAAAACAGAAACAUUGGAACUUAAAGGACGUUCUGUUUUAUAUGAAAUUUAUAAAAGAUUUAUCGUCAUUGUUGUCAGUGAUUUAAGAAAUAAACGCCGCCCUUGAACAAACGCCGCAUCGAAAACACUGCAUGAAAAUCCAAUAAACGCCGAAUAAAUACGGUAAUUACUUUCUUACAGGGUUCGCACAGGUCAUGGAAAACCUGGAAAGUGAUGGAAUGUAAGAAUUUCGUUUUCAAGGCCUGGAAAGUCAUGGAAUUUAAUUUUCGGUCCUUGAAAGUCAUGAAAAAUUAAAGUUUUGUUUGGUAGAUUAGUUGCUGCAGAUGAUGUAAUCGUAAGUGACAGCUAAACCUAAGGUCAUGGAAAACUAGAAAAGGUCAUGGAUAAAGUCAUGGAAAGUCAUGGAAUUUGGAGAACCCGAAAGAGUACGAACCCUGAAUGACAAUAGCUUUCCAUAAUUUCUUUCCUCAAUCUCACAGGGCCCAGUUGUUCGAAAGCCGAUUAGCGCUUAACCCGGGUUUCUUUUUCUUGUGUUCAAAAGCAUUUUCUCGGAUAAUUUUCUCCGUUAUUUUUAGAGCUUCCAAUCAUCAACUAGUAGACAAAAAGAAUUAAAACUGAAAAGCUUUCAAAUCUGAAUUCAAAUCUCGGACUAACCCUGGGUUAUCUUAACCUAGCUUUGAACAACUCGGAUUCCGGUAUUUCUUUUGAUGUUAUAAGUGUAGCCAGUAUUCCCCUGUUUACAGUUAAAGACAGCUUUUUGUUUUGAUUUUCCAGUGGAUACAGUGUGACUUGCGGUACCUUGAUAUGACUGUUCUGGGAAAAUUCGCUGUUGUAAUGGCUGACCCGCCAUGGGAUAUACAUAUGGAGGUAUAUUUACAGUUUGUUCUUUAAUUAUAAUUUUUCUGUAUACAAUGUAGUUAUUAAACAGGCUAGCAACUUAGAAAGGGCACAGAUAUGAAUAUGGCGGAAUAUCCCAGGGAAUAGUAGGAGACUAAUUCUCCCAGAGUUAGUCAUUUGGCAGCCUUACUAGGGAAGGAAAGGAUGAGAAAUAUGGCAGUGUUGGGUUGUAGUUUGACUGGGGUUCUCGGCGUGUUACCAACAAUACGCGUUUGUUGACAAUGUGUAUAAAAACAAGCUUGAUUUGUAACGGAGCAUUGGCCGAUAAGUUGUAUGAGAAAAGUUGCUCGCAUUUCUUAAGCUUUGAUGUGGACAUAAUUUGUCCGUGGUGGUGGAAAUCCAUAUGUGGUUUUUGCCUCAAAAAGGCGACUAUUCGUAAUUGAUUUGUUCAGGAGAAUUAUCACACAAGGCAUGCUCCUGCAAGUGUGCACCCUAGCUCCAAAAGAAGUGUUUUAACCGCUUAGUUCAAUGUUUUGUUCUCUUUUAAUCAUUAGCUUCCUUACGGCACCAUGUCCGAUGAUGAAAUGCGCAAAUUGGAUGUUCCUUCACUUCAAGAUGAAGGAUACAUAUUCCUUUGGGUGACUGGUAGGUAAGUAUUGCGUGCAUACCAGUAUCUUUUACCGCGAUUUCAGUGUUUGGCUAAAUUCCGUAGUAGAGACCCCAACAUUCAUUUCCCCUUCAAACAAGAACAGAACAAGAGGCAUCUGCCUACUUUUCCGUCGAGGAAAGAAAAGAAAUCGGUGAUAACUGCUCACUGCUCACUCCGUCACUAAUACUUACUCAUAAAUUAAUGCGAAAGAUAUAGUGUCAGCUAUUUCCACAACAAUGAACAGUAGAGAGUUACGUUUACGGCAACGACAAACAUUCAGAUUCAGGUUAAGAAUUUCUCAAAAAGAAAAAAGUGAGAGGAUAACAAAUGUCCAAAACAACAGUUGUGGAUAAAACUGUCGUGAAUCUUCCAAUAUUUGUGUAGAAGUAGUAGGCAGUGAACGACAAGGAAAGGGGGAAAUGGUACCGUGGUACAAAUUCACGUUUCUGUGCUGUUUGCUAUUUUACCCUUGCUCAUUGUAUCGUUUGUCCUCAGGGCGAUGGAACUGGGUCGAGAGUGUUUAAAGCUUUGGGGGUAAGUUAUGUAUAGUAAAAACACCCGUGCUCUUUCUUUUAGCAGGCUUCUGAUUCUGCUUAAUAUUAAAAGUUUUAUGUCACGAGGAUAUUGCUGUUUUUGGUCAAUUCUUUGCCGAAGUCAUUACUAAGUGCCUUUACUCAUGCACAAACCUCUCCUGGGUUAUGACGUAGAAGAUAUCAACAAUUUCCAUCAGGGAGAACUAAGCAUAAUCAUUUGUUUUGGGAUUUUUGCAGGCACAGCUAACUUUUCAAGUUUCAAUCCCUGUCCAUCCUUGUCAUCUGGAGAAACAGGCGACAGAAAACAGUUUCAGUGGCUAAAUAUAGUCUUAAGAACAAAACUGGACCAUUAUUUUGGAAUUCAAUUAAAACGAUAGCAAAUAGCGUGACGUAGCCCCUUUAAAAACACCAGCUCAGUACUUGUUAUAAGUGUUGUACACUAUUUGUCAGGUACGCAAGAUGUGAUGAGCUGAUCUGGGUGAAAACAAACCAACUUCAGCGACUGAUAAGAACCGGAAGGACUGGGCACUGGCUUAAUCACGGCAAAGAACACUGCUUGGUAAGAGAGAUGCUGACCUAAAGCUUUACACCGCGCGCGUGUGUUUGAGGGUGUGUGGAAGGGGAGGGACAAGCAUGUAAGUUGUUUAAAUUGAAUUAAGAGGCAGUUUCGUGAUUCAGUGAAUGUGCGCGGCAGAGUGCUGCAAUGGAGGUCAAAAGUUUUGAGAUACUUGACGUGUUUGCCAAGAUAUUAUUAGUAAAACUGGCUACCCUUCCCGCUCCCACCUCAAACAAUGUAUAAUUUCGAGCAAGACGGGUGCAAAGAAGUUCAUUUUGUGGGGCACAAUGUUACUUGGGUGGGGGGAUCAAGGGACAACCCCAAAGCCUAUCAAAAAAUUGUUAUGAGUAGUAGUGUUCCAUGUAAAAAUUACUGUGAGGGGUUUUGAACUAUCCAACUUUUUUUUUUUACCUCCAUUGUAGUGAUUUAAAGGUGUUUCAGAAACUAUACAGUGGAUUGUCUUAAAUCUUUCCGGGCUCCGGGUAUUAUGACCGCUGGCCAGGGACUUAAAAUCCAGUAGAUUUAACAAGAUUGAAAGGAACGAAAAUGACUGAGUCUUCUAAGAACGUGGUCGUAAUAACGAAUACGACCAGAUUUGCAUGGCCCAGCUAGGUUGAAUUAACAGGGUUCUACUGUAUUGUUUAGCUACCUACAUUGAUUCCACGCAAUACUCAGGCAUAACGUAUUCUAGAACAGUCUUUUAUUGAGUAAGGUUCUAAGCAAAGGGAAGUACGGUACGUGGUCUAACCAAUAGUUAAUGCUUUGUGAAAGGCUUGAACCCAGAGUCAUUUCGAAAGUAGGUUGAGUUUGAUCGUCCGGGUGAACGUAGUCCUGAAUAGGACUGUUGUUGACAGUGACUGAAAUUUCGACAGCCUGUGCGGUAGUCAUCUUCCGAGUCAAAGUGAGUUGUAUCACGUCAGCUGAUGGUAUUAUACUCUGGUUAUUGAUCUGAUUGGUCAAUUACGUCGCGAUGUUAUUGGUCGUGUGUCAGUUAAGCCUUAAGUGAUAGACGACCAAUAGCAUCGCGAAGUAAUCGACCAAUCAGAUCAAUAACCAGAGUAUAAUACCAUCAGGUGACGUGAUACAACUCACGUUGACUCUGAAGAUGACUACCCCACAGGUUGUCGAAACGUCAGUCACUGUCAACAACAACAGUCCUAUUCAGGUCUACGUUCACCCGGACGAUCAAACUCAACCUACUUUAGUUAAUGCUUUUUCCGCUGUGAUCGAAACGCAAACCGAGUAUAGAAAACAUUGAGAUGAGAGGACCUUGAACCACUGAACCAAAACCUCGCUGCAUGGUUGGGUUUGGUUUGUUUGGUGUUUUCAGUGAUCUCUAGUUUCUUUGAAUCUCAAAUCCGUGGCUUCUAAGGAUAUUUAUUCAUCUACAGGUUGGUGUGAAAGGAGCAUGUAAGAACUUUAACCGAGGUCUGGAUUGUGACGUGCUUGUUGCUGAGGUUUGUGAAGAAUUGUCAAAUGCCAAAAUACUAACAUCACGGAUAUCCUCACUUGACAUUGGUCAGUGCUAACUGCUCAGUAACAUUCAUCAGAAUGUUCACACUUGAAUUUGACGCUACAACGAUGAAAAUAAUGUACGAUAGCGUCUCUUACAGAGUAUGUGCUGUAUAGAUGACAACGUUGUAUUCGAAAAGCUCCGUUUUCGUCCGUCCACAAGAAAACGACAAGACAGCGUUUUCAAAAACUCAACUCUGACUGGUGACCGUUUUCGAAAACCUGUUUUUUGGCGCCCGAAACGCCUGCCGUUCACAUGGGGACAGAAGGCUAAAACGGCGAAAAAAAAUAUCCGUUUUCAAAAAUAUCCUGAUACGUGUGGACGGGGUCUAAGAUGCGUUUUCUUGCGUUGAACGCGUUGAUUAGGUAAAUAAUGUUCAAUUUUGCCUGUAUUUUUUUUCCUAGGUUCGUCAAACAAGUCACAAGCCUGAUGAAAUUUAUGGAGUGAUUGAACGGCUUGCACCCGGGACAAGAAAGAUUGGUAUGUACUUUGUUCAGUUAUGGGUAACCUCGUAGUUUAUUAUUACCUAAUACGUAUUUCCAUGCUGAACAUUUGUUUCCCAAGUUUCUUAGUUAUGGUAGUCUACGGAUAUUAUUGUUCAGUAGUGAUGUCAUGACGCAGUCCCUAGUUUCCUGUCUCUUUACUUUGGCAAAUACAGAAUCUUCGAAUUAGAUACAGCAUUGGAUUAGGCUGUUUUUGCCCACCUAUUUCCGUUAAAAUGUGACUAAAAAUUGAAAGAUUUUGAAUUUCCAUUUUGUAUUUUCCAGAACUGUUUGGCAGACAGCACAAUGUUCAACCUAACUGGUAGGUAGCGUCGGCGGUAACUUGUAAAGUAUUUUGUAUGAUAUUUUAAUCAGUUGAUGCUAAUCGUUUAACUCUGAGAUCCUGUACAGUUUUAAAGUCAUAAUAAGUUGAAUUGAGUUUGCACCUUGGUAAAAAGCUAGUCGCAUGUAAUGUUCUUCGUCAUUCGGUCCUAUAAAAAUGCAUACAUGAUGCAUACAUUUCGUAUCGAACAAAAGCGGAAUACGGGAACAUUCUAUGCUGUGGGCAUAUCUAAAAUGUCACCAAGGCAACAGGAAAACCUUUCUACAUUUUAGCUUUAAAGUGUCCUGUCACGAGAUGUGAAUAUGUAUUUGCAACAGUGAAAAUAUCGUUAUAAUCAGUUCCUUUUUUGUUAAUAAUAAAUUUGUAAGUGCAGGCAACUAUCAAUGGUUGCCUUUUGUUUCGAACAAAGACAGAAAAAGAUUGCAAAUUGAAAAGAUAAGCUCAUCUUUGUUCGAGUUGGCCAUCGUGUCUUUCUUUUAUUCAUUUGAAAACUAUCCCAUUAGUGUUGCAGUUGCCGCUUUUUCAAGGAAGAAUUUCAACAAACGGAUGACCAGGAUUUCCGUGUCAUUGACCUGUUACAGUGCUAUGAAUUAAAUAACGACCUCGGAGACCCCUCAUCCCCUUUUUAUAGAUGAGUGUCAGAAUCUGGACAUACUGAUCACAUUUUGCCCAGUCCCUGUUCAGCGUCUUCCCAGGCCCUCUCGGUCAAUGCAUUUCGGUGAUGUAUCCGAGUCGAACAGCCGCGAGAUGCCCUCAAAACCCUGCUUGGACCACGUGACCCGAAACGCAUAGGCCGCGCGGAAUAUUGAGGCCUAGAAACCAGACAAGAUUACAUUUAGAUAUUAUUCCCCCUUACGUUAUUUAAGUGGUGAAUCUCUUAAAGUUUUAGGUCAGAAAAUAUUUGAAAACGGUUUUCUCCUGCCUGAUGUGUUGCAUGUUUUUCUUCAACAGGAUUACUCUGGGAAAUCAGUUGGAUGGUGUGCGUUUAUUAGAUCCAGACGUUACAGCACGCUUCAAAAAACGCUAUCCUGACGGAAACGUGCUCAAACCGCCUACUACAAAAGCAUGAACUGUUACCUCAGUAACACAUUGAACGGUUGUCGAAAGAGAAAGACCUGGGCAUGGAGGUCUUAACAGAAAAAGUCAUCUUUGUCCGACUGAAUAACGAGAUGCCAGCCUUUCGCUGUUGAAGGAAUACAAAAGGGUGGGCGCGGACCAGUUUCCCGAGUCAAUACGGAGCAAGAGUUUUGUGAAAUAUGGCAGAACUGAUCGCUUCCCUCAGCUGGUGCUUCAGAGCCAUGCUUUUAACUUUUAAUAAAAUUCAUCAAGUCAAGU